AUGGACCUUCUCGGUCUGCUGGGUACCAUUGGACACGAGGUUGAAGACGCAGAAGACGAUGCCUUUAUCCAAUUUUCACACCCUAUACCCUCGAGUAACUUGGGCUUUGUUGAUCCUCGAUCAAACACUGUCGAGCUCACCGUUGGCGGAGAAGAGCUGACCAUCCGCCAAUCGCCAACCAUCUUAUCCUCGAAGAGAACAGGCGGAACUACAGGUGCUGGUACGUACAUACCCAUAUAUCCAUUACCGUUACAUCUAUCUAGUGGAUGGUUGGGAUGGGAUGUUCGAGCAAUUAUUAUUCUCUGGCAAGUUACUCCCAAACUAGCAGAAUGGCUCUGCAAGAAGGACAACCCCCUUUGGAAAUCAUCCGUUUUGAAUUCGGAAUCGGCCGUCGUCGAGCUGGGAUGCGGUACUUCGGCGGUGCUGGCGGUAUCCCUUGGACCGAAAGUAGGGUGUUACGCCGCGACUGAUCAAGAGUAUGUUCGGAAGCUGUUCAAUGAGAACCUGCAUACGAAUGGGAAGAUGGAUUCUUCGUCUUCGCAUGCAGGUUCAAUGGGCAAUAGAUCUGGCAAAAGGGUUGAGCGAAAGGGUGGUAAACAUCACCAUCACCAUCAUCACCACCGGCCAGAACGUGAACGGCGAAACAGCCCUGCUCGUCGAGGAGAUGAUGGAAGUGGUUCCGGCGACUAUAGCGGCGGUGGAGUGCCGGAGAAGAUCAAAUUUGUCCCGUUGGAUUGGGAGUUGGAUUCGCCUGAUAUGCUGAAACGUUCGAUCGGCGCUGACGUUGCCGAAGAUGACCCCGGCUUCGACCUACUGGUUGCAUGCGAUUGUAUAUACAACGAUGCAUUGAUUGCUCCGUUCGUGGCGACGUGUGCUGAUAUAUGUCGCUUGCGCCCGUCAGUGGGCGAGGAACGGCCCGAGAGACCUACGCUGUGCGUUGUUGGCCAGCAGUUGCGGUCUCAUGAGGUGUUUGAGGGGUGGAUGAGAGAAGCCUUGCAGGAGUUUCGGGUAUGGAGGGUGAAGGAUGAAGUCGUUGGGUCUACACUGGCUUCUGGAACGGGGUAUACGGUGCAUAUAUUGCUUUUGAAAGGCGGAAACUAG